AUGAAUGAUGUUUGGGAAGAUUGGGAUACAGCAAACAAAACACUCCUCUGUGAAACAACGUUCUCUAAUGAUGACAAUGGACCCACACACAGAAUACCACUCAAUCUUGACAUAGAUACGGUGGAUGAUGAAGGAUACACUCCACUGUACAAGGCAGCCUUCGAAGGUAAUCUUAAAGAUGUUGAGGAUCUAAUUUCACAAGGAGCAAACCUAGAGUCACCAAGCAAGGAUGGACUUCAGCCUCUUCAUGUAGCAGCUAGAGAAGGAUAUGAAGAUAUUGUGGAUUGCCUCAUCCUGCACGGAGCGGAUCCUAGUGUCGAAUGUGAAAUGGGUCAAACACCUCUUCAUAGAGCAGCAGUAAAUGGGCAUACCUGCAUCAUGAAAAGUCUUAUUGCAGAAGGGGUCAAUGUCAACAAGGCUGAUAAGGAAGGUUGGACACCAUUCAAUGCAGCCAUUGAAAACGGUCAUCUAGAAGCUGCCAGAUAUCUAAUUAAUAAAGGUGCCAAGCAAAACAGAUAUGCUGGAAUGACCAAACUCUAUGCUGCAGCUGAAUUCGGUCAUUUAGAUAUCAUGAAAUUCUUCAUUUCCGAUGGGGCGGAUGUGAAUGAAGAAAAUGAUGAUGGGAUUAUUCCCCUACAUGGAGCUGCUGCAAAUGGUAACGUGGAAAUCAUCGGUUACCUUAUUCAACAAGGCUCUGAUGUGAACAAGACAAAUCUAUUGGGUUGGACACCAUUCAAUGCUGCCAUCCAAUAUGGCCAUCUAGAAGCUGUCAAAUAUCUCAUAGAUAAAGGAGCCAAGCAGAACAGAUAUGAUGGAAUGACCCCCCUAUAUGCUGCAGCUCAAUCCGGCCAUUUACAUAUCGUGAAAUUCUUCAUUUCCAAUGGCGUUGAUGUGAAUGAAGAAGAUGACAAAGGGAUGACUGCUCUCCAUGGAGCUGCUUGCAUUGGUGACAUAAAGAUCAUGGAAUACCUCAUUCAACAAGGGUCAGAUGUGAACAAGAGCGAUCUUAAAGGUUGGACACCAUUCAAUGCUGCCAUUCAAUACGGUCACCUAGAAGCUGUGAAAUAUCUGAUAAAUAAAGGAGCAAAACUGAACAGAUAUGAUGGAAUGACCACACUCUAUGCUGCAGCUAAAUUCGAUCGUUUAGAUAUCGUGAAAUUCUUCAUUUCUAUUGGCGCUGAUGUGAAGAAAGAAAAUGAUAAUGGGAGGAUUCCAGUUCAUAGAGCUGCUAUGAGUGGUAACAUGGAGAUCAUUAAAUAUCUCGUUCAACAAGGGUCUGAUGUGAACAAGGCUGACUCAGUGGGUUGGACACCAAUCAAUGCUGCAAUUCAAUACGGUCAUCCAGAAGCUGUCAAAUAUCUAAUGGAUAAAGGAGCCAAGCAGAACAGAUAUGAUGGAAUGACACCACUCUAUGCUGCAGCUCAAUUCGGACAUUUAGACGUCGUAAAAUUCCUCAUUUCCGCUGGAGCAGCUGUGAGUGAAGAACAUGAUAACGGAAUGAUUCCCCUACAUGGAGCUGCCAUUAAAGGAGAUAUGGAGAUCAUGGUAUAUCUCAUUCAACGAGGGUCUAAUGUGAACAAGGUAGAUUCUACAGGUUGGACACCAUUCAAUGUUGCCGUUCAAUAUGGCCACCUAGAAGUUGUCAGAUGUCUCAUAGAUAAAGGAGCCAAGCAGAACAGAUACGCCGGAAUGACUCCACUCUAUGCUGCAGCUUCAUUCGGUCAUUUAGAUAUCGUGAAAUUCUUCAUUUCCGAAGGCAGUAAUGUAGAUGAAAAACACGAUAAUAGGAGAAUUCCUCUACAUGGAACUGCAAUUAACGGUGACAUGAAGAUCAUAGAAUACCUCAUUCAACAAGGUUCUGAUGUGAAUAAAGCUGAUCCAAAGGGAUGGACACCGUUCAAUGCUGCCAUUCAAUACGGUCACUUAAAAGCUGUCAAAUAUCUCAUAGAUAAAGGAGCAAAGCAGAACAGAUAUGACGGAAUGACCCCCCUUUAUGCUGCAGCUCGAUUUGGUCAUGUGGAUAUAGUUGAAUUCCUUAUUUCCAAUGGCGCUGAUGUGAAUGAAGAACAAGAUAAUGGGAGAAUCCCAUUACAUGGAGCUGCUAUUAAUGGCAUCUUAAGAUCAUGGAAUAUCUUAUUCAACAAGGGUCAGAUGUGA